UAGGACCCGGUGACUCUUCUUCCGUCUUUUGGCUACUUGAUGCUCUCAGUGCUCUCGUCUGUGUGGACUUCAUACAAACAGAUGACCAGCACAGUAUACAGGCGGUGUCUCUAGAUACGUCGGAUCGUGUCACAAUAAAUAAUCACAAAGGAAAACAUAUCACAAGUAUCUGUACUCUGAACGUGCUCAUCCAUGUGUUUGCGCGCCGCAUGCGGGAUUCUGUGAACAUCACGCAUGAGACAACGCUGGAAGGGCGGGAACUUUAUAAAGCUACUUUAUCUCAAAGAAGCUUAACUUUAACAGAGAGUGACUUCUUUGUCAGGAUUAGCUCAACAAUGAACCAGCAUGGAUUUCUUAUCUACCUUUCUGUUAUGGCUUUUUGGCGAACACGUUCUGGUGUAGAGGUGUCAGGCUCAGAUGCCUUUAAAAACAACAUUACGCUCUUCACUCGGAUUUUGGACCGACUGCUUGAUGGCUAUGACAACAGGUUGAGACCUGGUCUCGGAGACCGAGUAACAGAAGUGAAGACCGAUAUCUAUGUUACCAGUUUUGGGCCAGUAUCAGACACAGACAUGGAAUACACAGUGGAUGUGUUUUUUCGCCAGCGCUGGACCGAUGAGCGGCUGAAGUUUCACGGGCCAAUGAACAUCCUGCGUCUCAACAACCUGAUGGCCAGUAAAAUCUGGACCCCAGACACUUUUUUUCACAACGGCAAGAAGUCUGUGGCUCACAACAUGACUAUGCCCAACAAACUUUUACGGAUUAUGGAGAAUGGAACUCUGCUUUACACUAUGAGAUUGACAGUUCAAGCUGAAUGUCCAAUGCAUCUUGAAGACUUUCCAAUGGAUUUCCACUCCUGUCCACUUAAAUUUGGCAGCUAUGCUUAUACUCUGUCAGAGGUGACAUACGUUUGGACACGAAAUGCCACCUUAUCUGUUGAAGUAGCUCCGGAUGGAUCUAGACUCAAUCAGUAUGACCUAAUGGGACAGACCGUUGGUAAAGAAACCAUCAAGUCCAGCACUGGUGAAUAUACAGUGAUGACGGCCCAUUUCCAUUUAAAGAGGAAGAUCGGAUACUUCGUCAUCCAGACAUAUCUGCCCUGCAUUAUGACAGUCAUCCUAUCCCAGGUCUCUUUCUGGCUCAACCGAGAAUCCGUCCCAGCACGCACAGUGUUCGGUGUGACAACAGUGCUAACCAUGACCACUCUGAGCAUCAGUGCUCGCAACUCUUUGCCAAAGGUGGCUUACGCCACAGCCAUGGACUGGUUCAUUGCUGUCUGCUACGCUUUUGUUUUCUCUGCUCUCAUCGAGUUCGCCACUGUAAACUACUUCACCAAGCGUGGCUGGGCCUGGGAUGGCAAGAGCGUUGUCAGUGAUAAGAAAAACGAGACAUCUGUGGUGAAAAAGAACAAUGCUUACGCAGUUGCUGUGGCAAACUACGCACCUCACAUUGCUAAGGACUCGGCUCUGCCCACCGUCUCUAAGAGCGUCACAGUGGAGGCCAAUAAAGCUCAACCAGUGGCUAAAGAAACAAAAAAGACCUUUAACAGCGUCAGCAAGAUUGACCGUAUGUCACGCAUCAUCUUCCCGGUACUUUUUGGCAGCUUUAACUUGGUUUAUUGGGCCACGUAUCUGAACAGAGAACCUGUUAUUAAAAACAUGGUCUCGUCGCAAUGACCCAUGAGCUACCUAAAGUACAGUAUGGAAAAUUACUGCCGUAUUUAUUGACAAAAACACAUGGUCUGUUAAAAGAACAAAGCCUUUUGUACAAAUUUUUCCAGUGUUUACUUAAAAAGAUGUAUCGCAUCAGUUUAAGUCGUUUUUGUUUACACCUGACCUGAGACCUAUACCAUAUACAUUUAGCUCACAGGUAUGAUGUGUCUUUGUCAUGAUAAAAAUGCUUUUUUGUUGUGUUAAAUUAAUUGUGUACAACAUAUGAAGAGUUCAGAUGCCAAACCUUCUAAGUGUAUCUGACAUGGCAUGUUUUCUUGUAAAUGAUUUUUUUUUUAUCAGGCUUAUGUUUAGGCUCAGUAAUUUCACUUUUUGGCAAUGAAACGGUUAUUAGUCAGUAAUUGAAAUGCCUUAUUUUUACAAAUGUAACUUUAGUCAUUUCAUUGAGAUGGUCCUCAUUGCAGAACACGACAUCCAGGAGGCGAGGUUGGAUCUAGAUCCAACUCCUCCCACUUUAUAUUCUUUGCUCCGCCCAAAUGAACCAGUAUAUUUGCGUUGUUGCAGCCUGCAAUUAGUUGCAACGUUUGCUCUUAUCAGUUUAAGUGUACGUUUGAUAAAUAAUAUUGUCGAGAAAUAGUCCUAAUUUAGUAAGUAAUGAUUACAGUUAGUUGUAAGAGAAGGUAAGGGCACACGUUCCCGAUAGGGUGAUAUCAUUGAAGGAAUUUAUUUGCGACCUGGUUGGCUGUACAUUAUCAUUAUCCCACUUUUUACACAUCUAUUCCUAUACGGAUAAAUAUAAAAUCACAAUUUUAUUUGAUAACUUUUAUUAGCACAUUUGUAAGAAAAGUAAACCUUCUGCAAGGGAAACCUGUUUCCUAAUGGCUAGCGAAGACGCGUUUAAACAAGUUAAAAGUCCAUACAAGAUAAACAUUCAAUUUUUAAUUUCUAAAUAACAUGCCAUAUAUUUAAAUUACUAUGCCAUGUAAACUGUAUACAUUCAUGGGUAUUAACUCUUUCCCCGCCAGCAUUUAAAAAAAAAGUUGCCAGCGUUUUUCAUGAUUUUCACAAAAGUUUAAGCCUUUCAGAAAAUUUUCUUCUUUAAAUAUAUAAACAAACAAUAUAUCAGAUGAAAGAACAGACCCUCUGCUUUCAAACAAAAAAUUUUUUUUUCAUCCUACCUUCAUUAGUUCUCUUGUUAUCACCUCUCAAACAUGGGAAGGUUUCUUCAAAAACACCCAAUUUUGAGCAAAAAGCUGAGAUAUUUCCAUUUUUGCGAAGGACUUUUGAUAGAGAUCAGAUGCAGAGCGAUCUUUAAAACAUACACGCAGUUCUUUCUCUUCCACGUGAUGCGAUACUUCCGGGUUGUAUAAGUUGCGGAAGUGCCCCACCUGGUGGAUAAUAGCGGUAUUGCGGAAAGACGGAAAAUCUCAUCAAUGGCAGGGAAGCGUUUUCUCUUAAUUGACGAGAAAAGCGGAAAUGGUAACGCAACAACAAGUGUAUGACUUGUCUUGUGGUAAAACUGCCGACCAAUCAAAAUGCAAUGGGAAGAGAUCUCUGGACCUGGAUCCAGCCCCACUCCCUGGAUCUGAAUCCAACCCCGCUUCUUGGAUCUGAAUCCAACUCCGCCCCCUAGAUGUCGUGUUCUGCAGUGAGGCGCUACUGAUUUCAUUGGUAUUUAACAAAAUUGACUGUCUUUCGCUGCAAAAUCCUCUAAGUGCAUGCACACUUUCUCAGCAAAACUUCAAUUUCUUUGGACAAGACAAAGUAAACAGCUGCAAAAUCACUUAAUAUGCAUCUAGAAACAUUGCAAAAGAUGAAAUUCACUUUUGCAUCUGAGCUCCUCAUAUGAUAUGAUAGCUCUGUUGUUUUGUCAUGGCUGCACUACAAUCUCUAAGACAAAUUUCAGCACUUUUUAUUGACAUAUGUAGCAUUUUAAAGCACUUUAUUUUGCAUUCAAUUAAUGCGCAUAUUAGUUUUUCAUGUACUCUCCUGUGCUGUGCAUAAUAAUGCUGCACAUUAUUUGUAGCCGUAAGCAAUGCGUUAUCAACUAUUCAGUGAUUUAGUUUGAAGCACCAAAUGUAUUGUCCUAAACAAGUGUUGUUGUGCCAUUCAAUGGACACUUUGAUCAGUGAGCACAAUCUGCUGUGAAAUUUGCACUCUUAUAUUAAGCCACUUCUGUUUCUUUAGUCCCUGUUGAUAUUUCAAUUUACUGUAUGGGGGUACAUUUGGAUUGUGCUUUGGUUAAAAUGAACAUGGGUUACUGAAAUGCUUAUAUGUAACUCAAAUAUGAAGCUCUAGGCCAAACUACUUAUUGAACACGGAUGUCCACGUUCGGUUAUGCACAAAUGGCCUUGUUUAUGUGGUAUAAUUCAAUGUAUUAUGUACAUGUUAGCUUCAUGUUUAAUACAGGUUGUAUUGGGCUUCUCCGUGUGACAUAUAGUGAUACAAAACAAAAUUAUAUUAAUGAAAACCAACUUUCAUUUGAUUUACUGUAUAUGCUAAAUAAAUCAUAAUUUUAUUACUAGAAUCGACAAUCCUGCCAAAUGUAAGUGCUGCUGUAAGCUUACAUUUUACUGUUCUCGGUUUUCUCUUUUCUCUUUGGGCAGUGGGACAGCUUUCCUGUCGACUGAAAUAAAGUAUUGUC